CAAAUUAAACAAUUAUGAAAAAAGAAAAAUGAAAAAGAUAAUGCAGAGUGCCGAUAUGAAUGCAUAUUCCGCCAUCACAACAACGCGCGCGCACGGAAGCUGAUCGACAAUGGACCGCGCUGCACCACUUUCGUCAAGGCAGAGGAGAGUCCUGGUGCAGCUAGUGGAGGAAAGGCCUGUCCUUCAAGAUAGGUCAACCAGCACUGCGGUCCAGCACAAGAAGAACUUGGCGUGGGAUGAGAUCGCCAAAAACUUCAACGCCAUGCACCCUGAUCUGGAGCCGCGAUCAGUUCAACAAUUGAAAAGAAGUUUCAACCGCAUCAAAUUGAAUGUGAAAAAGGAAGAGAGAGCCUACAAGCUGAAGGUGAAGAGGACUGGUGGUGCCCCUCCUCCAUCACCUCCCAAGUUUACAGAAGAACAUGAGACUGUUGCCUCCAUGAUCUCUGGAGAACUCAACAUGGGCGAGGAUGUCUUUGACACUCUUGCCAUUCAAGAUGGGCAUCCAGUGGAUGAGGCAGGCACUCCCAUCAUGGAUGUUACUUUCACUGUGAGUGGAAAACUGCCACCGACAGAGGUCCCCUCUGCUACUUCUGCCGCUGAAUGUGCUGAAGCACCUGCACCUCCUAGUGCUUCUACAUCUUUCCAGCCAGAAGCUUCAUCCUCUGCAUCCACUGCACCAUCACUAACUACAUUUACAUGUAAUGUGGCCUCCUCUUCUGCUGCCCCACGGCAGAGGAAAUUUGAUGCAGAGUACCAGGCCUGUCGGAAGCAGCAGGAUGAUGGGGGCGAGGAUGUCAGAUACAGUGCCAGAGAAGUGGCCUCUGGGAUCAUCUUUUUCUGGGGUGUUUUAUGGGGCUGGUUAGGCUGUGGGACCACUGCCUCCUGA